AUGCUUGCUUGUAAGCCUUCUUCUAGUAUAAAGUUGACGUUGGAUUCUGAUGAGUCUGUUCUUGAAGAUAUCACAUCUUAUCGUCGUUUGGCAUCUCAUCUUCAUGCUGCUCAUAAGGUCCUUCACUACUUGAAAGGUACUGUCGGUUUGGAUCUCUUCUACUCAGCUGAAUCUGACUUAUUGUUGAAAGGAUUCACUGAUGCUGAUUGGAACUCCUGCUCCGAUACACGAAAGUCUACUACUAGCUUUUGUAUGUUUCUUGGUCCUUCCCUGAUUUCGUGGAAGUCUAAGAAACAACAAACGUCUUCUCACUCUUUGGCUGAAACUGAGUAUCGAGCUAUGGAGUUUGCAGUAAGGGAGAUUACUUGGCUUGUCAAUCUUUUGCAAGAGUUUCUUGUCAAACAACCUCACUUUGUGGCUUUCUACUGUGACUCAAAGGCAGCGAUACACAUUGCCAACAAUGCUGUUUUUCAUGAGAGGACUAAACACAUUGAGAAUGAUUUCCAUAUCGUUCGGGACAAGGUUCUUAGUGGUUUGAUCAAGACUUUGCACAUUACGACUGAGUAUCAACUUGCGGAUGUGUUCACUAAACCUUUGUUUCCUACUAAUUUCAAUUAUCUUAUUAGCAAGAUGUCGCUUCUAUCUAUAUACUCACCAUCUUGA